AUGCUCUUCACUCCCCACUGCCACAAGCUCUGCAGCUUGCUGGGCCAUUUACCCUCAAGGCAGAACACAAGGACAGAAAUAAAAAGAAGAUGUGAAGAUGUGAAAAGAUCUUUGCCAUAUUUUUUCACUGUCAAAAUAUUUUGGUUUAAUUUUCUAAACUUUUUGCAUUUUUGUUUUCCUUUCAUAAUUUCUUUCAAUUUUUUCUUUCUUUCUUCUUUUAUUUCUUUUUCAUUUUCAUGUCUCCUUCACUUCUUUUUUGUGUCUCCUUUCUUUCUCCUUUCACUUCCUUUUUAUUUUAUUUUAAAAUGUCCCUUCUUCCCCCCCUACUUGCUGUUUAUUUUAUUUUUUCAUGUCUCCUUUCCUUCUUAUGUCACUCCUUUCUUAUUUCCCUUUUUCCAUUUAUUUCCUUUUAAUUUUCUUUCUCUCCUUCUUUUAUAUACUUUUUUUUUUAUCUUUUUAAGCCAGAAAAGUUUUUAUCUUCUUAAUAAAAACAGAUUAGACACAGAUGGGCAAAUGGAUAAAACAUUUGAUUUCUUUCUCCAUAUCAUUUUCUUUCUUUCUUCUGAUUUUCUUUUUUCUAUGUUUUUGUCACCACUUCCAACUUUUCUUUAA